CUAUCACACAAGAAAACAAAAAAAAGAAAAAAUUAAAAAGCAAAGGUAAUUUCACCGAUCUGAAACACCUGUUUGCAGAACUCGAAGCUCUUUUCGUUCUCUCUCUCUCACCCAUGCACUGAUUCAGCGUGUUUUCUGUAUUGAACCAUUACAAGGUAGAACCUAGUUGUGGCAGUGAAGAAGAAUGGGGGGUUUUGCUAUUGGUUCUGCCUUUGAUUCCAAAUCUGGACAAAUGAUAAUGGCUGCUUUGCUUUUGAUGAUUGUAUCAUUUUAUAGUGGCACCCUUUUUGGCAACAAUGCUCCCCUUUACAUCUCUCACCUUCCCUCUCCUUCUUCUUCAUCUUCUAAUGGAACUUCAAGAUUUACUAACAAAGUUACUCUGACAUACCGCAAAACUCCCUUGGCAAUACCUGAGACAGGGGUGGAUGUAUGUCCCUUGAAGUUUAAUGAGUAUAUUCCGUGCCAUGAUGUUUCCUAUGUGGCGACGUUGAUGCCUAAUCUUGAUGUUUCUAGAAAAGAAGAGCUGGAGAGACACUGUCCUCCACUCGAAAAGCGAUUAUUUUGCUUGGUUCCACCACCGAUGGAUUAUAAAAUACCUAUCAAAUGGCCUCUUAGUAGGGAUUAUGUUUGGCGGAGUAAUGUGAAUCAUACACAUCUUGCAGAGGUCAAGGGAGGCCAAAAUUGGGUCCAUGAAAAGAAUCAGCUCUGGUGGUUUCCUGGUGGUGGUACCCAUUUCAAGAAUGGGGCAUCCGAGUACAUCGAGAGGUUAGGACAUAUGAUUACAAAUGAGACCGGUGAUCUGCGAUCUGCGGGCGUAGUCCAAGUUCUCGAUCUUGGCUGUGGUGUGGCCAGUUUUUCGGCUUAUCUUCUUCCCUUGGAUAUACGUACAAUGUCCUUUGCCCCCAAGGAUAAUCAUGAAAAUCAGAUUCAAUUUGCAUUAGAGCGAGGAAUUGGUGCAAUGAUCUCUGCCUUGUCCACAAAACAAUUACCAUAUCCUACAGAUUCAUUUGAAAUGAUUCACUGUUCAAGAUGCCGUAUAGACUUUCAUGAAAAUGAUGGGAUUUUGCUGAAGGAGUUGGAUCGCCUUCUUCGCUCGAAUGGUUAUUUUGUUUAUUCAGCACCACCUGCUUACAGAAAAGAUAAAGAUUUUCCUGUCAUUUGGGAUACGUUGGUGAACUUGACUACAGCAAUGUGCUGGAGACUCAUUGCUCGUAAAGUUCAAACAGCAAUAUGGAUUAAAGAAAAUAAUCAGCCCUCCUGCCUUCUGCAAAACGCAGAACAAAAGCUUAUAAAUGUGUGUGAUGUGAAUGAUGAGUCUAAACCUUCAUGGAAUAUCCCACUUAAGAAUUGUAUACAAGUCAGAAAUUCUAAUGCAGAAUCUAACAAGCUACCUCCAAGUCACGAGCGCCUUUCAGUGUUUUCUGAAAGGCUGAAAAAGAUAGGUAUAAAUCAAGAUGAAUUUACAUCGGAUUCUCUGUUCUGGCAUGAUCAGAUUCGUCAUUACUGGAGACUAAUGAAUGUCAAGGAAACAGAAAUACGCAACGUGAUGGAUAUGAAUGCCUUUUAUGGUGGAUUUGCUGUUGCAUUGACCAACUUUCCUGUUUGGGUAAUGAAUGUAGUUCCUGCAACCACAAAGAACACCUUAUCUGGAAUUUUUGACCGGGGUUUGAUUGGAACUUUUCAUGAUUGGUGUGAGCCAUUUUCAAGUUAUCCUCGUACAUAUGAUCUUUUACACGCGAACUACCUCUUCUCCCAGUACAAAAACCUAGGGGAAGGUUGUUUAUUGGAGGAUAUCAUGCUGGAGAUGGAUCGUCUUACACGGUCACUGGGAUUUAUUAUUAUUAGGGACGAGGAACAUGUUAUGUCAAGAAUCCAAGAGUUAGCCCCAAAAUUCCUUUGGGAUGUAGAGUCACAUUUACUAGAGAACAAAGAAAAGAAGAUGGAAACUGUUUUAAUUUGUAGAAAAAAGUUUUGGGCAAUCCUCUAAGGUGAACAAAUCGUUUUUGCUAGUGGGAAAUGUUUUUAACCACACGGGAUCAGGUAAUGGACAAAGUUGUAAUCCAUCCUAAUCUCAUCUCUUGGACAAGUAGACAAGGUCUUGGAGGUAAAAAUCCAUCCUGGCUCAUCCACCAGCUUCAUUGAAAUGCUAAUCUUACCAUGGGUCGUAAGGGUGUUCGCGGCUCGAUUUGGAGACAAAUUAUCUAAUCCAAAGGCAAAAAAUGUGUGAUUUGAUUUGGUUUUGGAUAUCGAAGAAAAAGUGUAAAAGUUUAAUUCCAUGAGUUCUCGUCGAUUAAUCAUGUCUGCUAGUUCACAAUCUUAUAACUAAAAUAUUCAAAGUUUGUGAUA